CUAGGUGGUGAAACCUGGAUUGUGGUCAAACAGCGAACAGGCUUCAUCUAGUCUUUUAUCGUAUAUGGACGUUUCUGCUGGUUCUUAAUCUUUCUGAAUCACUUUCACUUGCGCAGGGGGGAAAAAAAAAGCUCCUGGUAAACACAGAGAGUUUUGUGUAUUUUCAGAAAACUGAUAUAAAAAGAAGUUGGCAGAUUGGUUUACAGAGUAUGAUUAAUUCAGAAUGAGUUACUUUAUUUUGCAUACAUUGUUUACAGAUUUUUAUCAUACCGAGAGAACUGUGUACUAAAAGAUUUGUGAGAACAUUUGACAUUUUGGAGUCGAUGACUGAAAGAUUUAAAACAUAGAAAUUAAGGUUAUGUAUGCACACUAAAUUCUGCUUCCUUGUGUUGCAAUAGACUUUGCGAAUUGAUCAUGUAGGUCUUUGCUCUCUGAUUGACACUUUAAACAAGCAGAACUGGAUCCUAAACAGAUCUUAAAGUCUACAGCUUUUUCAAAUUUGGGUGCACUUUCAAAAGAACAACAAAAGGUGUGAUCUUGGAAUGGUGCCACACUAAAUUUCACAACUGUCUCAGAAAUGAUAGCGUUUUUCUCGUGUGUGUGUUUUUUUCCCCUAAUAGCUUAGAAAAACGUGUUUUGUUUCUGUAUCUCAUUUUGGAAACAACUGAACUCUCCGAGGAUUUAAUUAUGACUGACUCUCAAAAUGGAAAAAUUUCCAGAUAGUUAGUGAAAGUUUAGUGAAAUUUAUGUGCAACUGCAAAUGUCUAAUAUUCAGAAUUAACUGUAGGUGGUUCUGUUUGUAUUAUGCCACGAUUCAACUGUUAUUUUAAAAUACUGCUUUCCAUUGCAUCGACAUUGUUAAGACCAAGAUAAUUUUUUGUUAUCUUGUUCUACAGAUGUUAGACUAAACAAGGCCAUUUCUAGAUGCUGUCAAAAAUCAAGAGUCAGUGUCUAGUGUACAGAAGCAUGUUUUUACCAAGAUCUCUUAAAUUCAAGAGGAGUGCUGUUGAAGAUGAAAGUACAGCUAAGAAAAAUAAAUUAUCUUCUGGAGAAUCUUUGUUAGAGGAGACCCCAGAGGUCCAAGAUUGUAAGCCAGUUACAAAAGAAACUUGCGCUUCAGGAGGUGGUUUGAAUGAACUUCUACAAGAAUGCGCAGAACCUGUAGCUAGUCCAUCAGAUCUUGGUGCUGCUAGUACAUCUUUGAGCAAGGACAACCAAAAUACUGAUGAAGACAGCUCUUUGGAAGAACCCAUAAAAUCCUUCAGCAAAUCGCAGCGCUGGGCAGCACCUGGGGAACCUGUAUGUGUUGUCUGUGGUCGUUAUGGGGAGUAUAUCUGUGAUAAAACAGAGGAAGAUGUGUGUAGCUUGGAAUGCAAAGCGAAACACCUUUUACAAGCUCAAGAAAAGGAAAAAAACCUAAAAUCCGACCAACUCGCAAAAGCAGAAUCUCAAGCAGAAACUCUCCAGCUUGAUACAUCGUAUUCCUAUAAAGAUCACUCCUUUAUUUUAGGUUUGAAAGAUGAGCAGGUUAAGAACCUUAAAUUGCAAUUAGGUAUUGCUGUCCUGGGCCAGCAAGUUCCAAGACCUAUUAUAGAGUUUGAACACUGUGGUUUUCCUGAAACUUUAAACCAUAAUUUAAAGAAUUCUGGCUAUGAAGUUCCUACCCCCAUCCAAAUGCAAAUGAUUCCUGUUGGCCUAUUGGGAAAGGAUAUUUUGGCUAGUGCAGACACUGGCUCAGGAAAAACAGCAGCCUUCCUGCUCCCAGUUAUUAUGAAGGUUUUAAAAGAGACUGAAACUCCAUCUGCGCUUAUUUUAGCACCAACAAGAGAAUUAGCAAUUCAGAUAGAGAGACAAGCGAAAGAACUGAUGGCUGGUUUACCAAACAUGAGAACAGUCCUCCUGGUAGGAGGAUUACCACUGCCACCACAGCUUCACCGUCUCAAACAAAAUGUUAAGGUUAUAAUAGCAACACCUGGAAGACUUCUAGAGAUUUUAAAGCAAAGUUCUGUUCAACUUCAUGGCAUAAAAAUUGUAGUAGUGGAUGAAGUGGAUACCAUGUUAAAGAUGGGUUUCCAGCAGCAAGUGUUGGAUAUUUUGGAGAACAUCUCUCAUGAUCAUCAAACCAUACUGGUGUCGGCCACAAUUCCAGUGGGGAUUGAACACUUAGCAAAUCAGCUUCUGCACAAUUUUGUAAGAAUAAUAAUCGGAGAAAAGAAUCUGCCAUGUUCUAAUGUUCGCCAAAUUAUCUUGUGGGUGGAAGAACCAUCUAAAAAGAAAAAACUGUUUGAAAUACUAAAUGAUAAGAAACUCUUCAAGCCUCCAGUGUUGGUAUUUGUGGACUGCAAACUAGGAGCAGAUCUGUUGAGUGAUGCCGUUCAUAAGAUUACGGGAUUACAGUGUACAUCCAUGCACUCUGAAAAGUCUCAGGUGGAAAGAACAGAAAUAUUACAGGGUUUACUUCAAGAGAAGUAUGAAGUUAUAGUGAGUACUGGAGUCCUUGGAAGAGGACUUGAUCUUGUCAAUGUGAAACUGGUAGUAAAUUUUGAUAUGCCUUCCAGUAUGGAUGAAUAUGUACAUCAGGUUGGAAGAGCAGGGAGGUUGGGUCACAGUGGAACUGCAAUUACUUUUAUCAAUAACAACAGCAAGAAGCUUUUCUGGGAUGUUGUGAAGAGAGUAAAACCAACAGGCACCAUUCUUCCUCCACAGCUGCUGAAUUCCCCAUAUCUUCAUGACCAAAAGAGAAGGGAACAACAGAGACUUAAACAAUUACAGAAUAGCUUUGUAACAGGAGAUAAUAUUAUGGAAAUUAUUAGAAAACAUGACAAAAAUAAUUCCCAGAGGUAGUAAAAGUGCAUUUAUAGCUAUCUUAAAUAAUUAUAAUGAAAAUGCGUUUCGAAAAUAAAAAUGGAAUUAUGGUGUCUUGUAUA